AUGACUAAAAAUAUUGAAAUAUUUAAAUAAAAAUUGGCUGUUAGGUUCAUGCAAUAAUUUCAAGUAUUCAAAACAAAACAAAUAGGUAUUCAAUAUCAAUAAUCACAAUUAGCAAGUCCUAGUCCUCGUUAAUAAUUAUAAUAAUAAUAAAUACGCUCUCCCUUUCACAAUGUGGAAAACAAAGGUUUUAUUCAACAGUCCUACAAUGACCAAGAAAUGAUCAAUAAACCUGUGCAAUCCACAAAACAAUUAACAUAAACACCAAGUGCUUCUGAAUACAAAAUUUAGUUCAAAGUGAGUGGAGCAAAGCAAUAAUACGAUGAACCUAAUACAAUGAUUUCUUAAGUGAGGCCUUUUGUUCCUAUGAGUCCAUAAACACAUCGUGAAAAUGCCUCAAUCUUCUAAUCUCCCUAAAAUAAAAUGUAGUAUCAACAGCAAUAGUUGCAAUUUUAAUCUCCAAAUCGAGAGUAAUACCAAACAACCUUAUUUUACUCUUAAAAUCAACCUUUUAUUUAAUAAUCUAUUACUCAACCCUAUUAAAAUAAUUCGAACUCACAAAGAGUUGUAAACUACACCAAUACAUAUGCUCUUUAAGAAGAGUUGAAAACUUUAUAAUUGCAAAACAUAUCUAUGACUUAAGAAAUUCAAAAAUUAGAAUCUCUAGCAUUUAGAGGUCAAUCAGCUCAAUUCAUUAAGGAAUUGGAAGAUAAGAUACAAAUGUUAUCAUAAAUGAAUAACAAGUUAUAAAUUGAUAAUCGUGAGUUGAUAAACGUGCCUGAUACGUAAGCCUUGAGAGAUCUAAUUUUAAAGUAUUAAAAUGAUAGAAAAAUUGCAUAUAAUUAACUAUCUGCAAUGAAGACCGAAAUUUAAAACUAUAAAAUGAAGUAAGAGGAUUUAAAGGAGAAGCUCAGAAACGAAGAAUCCAAUUAGUUCAAUAACUUAAUUUAGGAAUUUGAGAAUAAGGUAUAGACUCUGAUUUUAGAGAAUGAUAGAAUUAAUGUUUAAUUAAGAAAUGGAAAAAACAUUAAGAGUUUGGUAUUGAAGUAGAAGAAUUAGAAUUAAUAAUUAAAGCAAAAGCUAAUUAAAUAUAGAAAAGUUGAAGAAAAUGCUCACAAAAAAUAUUCAAGGGCAGAAGCCAAAGCUGACCUAUUGGAGACCUACUAAGAAAAAUUAGAUUUAUUGCAGGAUGAGAAUAGGCGACUUCAAUAAAUGAUUAAGGAUUCAGAAAUGACUUAAAUGGAUUUAGAUAGUUUAUUAGAGAAGGUAUAAUUAUUAAAUAUCUUAAGAUUUAAGUAAUUCGAUAUGAUAACGAAAGAAUGAUGAGAUCAUUAUGUUGUAAAUAAUGAAUUAAAUAUAUAUAUCAUUAAUUUAAAGGAGUAAUAGUUUAUUUAUUUAGAGAUAUUAAAUUAUCUUGAUUGUAACCUUUGCUAAGGGAGUAUUUAAGAAAGAAAGAUAAAUUACAUUGUUAUAAUUCUCUGUUUAUUCUAUAAAAUAUUAUAAAAAUACGUUUGGUUGAACACAGAAAUAGUGUAAAUUAAGUAUAUAUAUGGAAGGUAUAUUGGAUUUACAGCAUUUUGAGAGAUGAUGAGGUGUUAAUUUGA